AGCCGAAGAAAUUUGCGUUGCUCGACGCAGAUGCCAAAUUAUCCCUCCCCGUUAACUGUCCUGCCCUCUUCUCUCCUCCGUCCCGUCGUCUACCCUUCUUUCUCUGUUUGCACCCGCCCCAUCUACCCUAUCUCUCUUUAUCUCUCGUUGCGCUCUCUUCCAUUUAUUUUUAUGUAUCUUCUUCUGCACCGUUAGAUCUCUCAUUCCGUCUCUCCUUGUUCUGUCUGUUUCUUGUUUUUUCAUUCUGAUCAUAUCUCUUGUCUCUUCUGCCACCCUUCUAACCCAUCCUUCCUCCACCCUCACUCUCGUACACUCUCUUUCUCUCUCAUUUUCUGUUACAUGUACUCACGCACACAUAUCGUUUUGUUUCGUUGCUCCGCUGGUACAAAGACCGACUGGACGGUCAGUAUCGUACCAGUUAGCAUUCGUUUUGGACGUAUGCGAUCAAACAAGCGGCGAAUUUGUUCCCUAGUGAGACCUCAAGCAAAGACGUCCUUCUCAAAAGUAAAAAUCUUUAAUCUCGAUAAUAAAAUACUGAAGGGCUAAAUAGUUUCUAGAGAGUGCGAGAGAAAAAGAGAGGACUCCAGUUCGAUUUCCGAUUCACGAUUUUCUUGUGCAGGGUUGACUACGCACCCUUCGUCAUCGUUUGAAAGAUCACCGAGAUGGGCAUGAUAGCGCGCGUGAGGCGUCGGGUCCGCGCGAAUUCGCUGACGGUCGACAAGGAGAAAACGGCGCAAAGUGUGUGCCUUCUAAGCGCGGUUCUCCUUUUACCUUAUUGUCCACGCAGCCCGCUGCCGCUUCUACCGUCGCCAGCACCGGUCCUGUAUUCAGCCCUUGUUCUGCCGGUUGUUUUAAGCGCGAAUUAUAGGUACCCGGUCCCAACCCUCAAGACUCUUGCCGAAGCGGCUAAAGGUGGAGCCAAGAGAGCAUGGCAUCCCCUGAAUCGCUUCCUAAGACGGUUGUACGCGCCGGUGGACCGCGCGGAGAAUCUCUUCCUGAAGAUGCGCAAUUUCUCUGUCAUGGCGAAUCAGAUAGUGUUUUUGAUUCUGGCCGACAAAGUGUUGCUACCACAAGAGAGACUAACUUGUCUGUACACACUCAUGUUUUAUAACGUGAUAGCCUACUGCGUGAGCUAUAUUAAGGAAUUGAUCCAAAAAGAAGACUGGUCGCCAUAUGUCACUCUGACUGAACGAUCCAAAAUCAAGCAUCUUGCAAUGUCGGCCACCAAGAUCGUGCUCGAGUGGACCAAGGCGGUGACAUUUGUCGUCACGUUGACUUUUAUGCUUCUCGUGUUCGGACUGGAGCAAGGCCUCGAUCAUUACAAACCCACGUUGAUUUACACGGUGAUCACGUGGAUUUAUUAUUCGGCGACGGAGAAAGUUUUUGUCGAAAUGUUCCCGACGAUCCUGGGCUUUCUGCAGUUGGAAGCGUUGGAGAACAUCGAGAAUCUAUACGCGCCGGUGAUACUCCGCUGCUUUACGAUCGCGAUGUCGGCGAUCUUUAAUAUUCUGCUGUUGCCGUCGGCCUCUUGGAGGUUCCUGAUGGUCGCCAUGUAUUUGAACGUGUAUUUGCGAUGGAAGGAAUUGAUGGAGAAUUCGGGCGCGGUGCUACGACGGGAACGCGAGGUGUUGAAUCGCUACAGGAAAGCGACCCUCGAGGAGAUCGAAAGGUUCGACGACGUAUGUGCAGUGUGUCUGUGCGGCAUGACAAAGGCCAGAGUGACACCUUGCCAUCACCUCUUCCACGCGGACUGUCUACGACAAUGCUUGAAGACCAGCGAUAAAUGUCCCAUGUGCAAGCGCGAACUCAAGUUCGAUUAAAUAAACGAGAAGUCGAGAAAUAUUCCAGACAACAUGCAUGUCUAAAAAACGUCUAAAAGAUAUAUUAAAGAUGUCUUUUAGAUAUGCAUGUCUACAAGAUGUCUUUUUUUUUAUGUCUUUUGGACAUGCACAGCUGUCUAAGAUGCUAUUUUGAUUACCUCCAGAAAGAUUUACGAGAUUCAUGAAAUGUAUCGUCGAAGAAGAUGACGAGGAGAGGUAUGUGGAUAACACAUUUGCGUCUGGAAGAUUUACGGCGGCUUUUAUACAUUUGGAUUUACGACGUCAUUGGCAUCGAAAAGAUUUACGGCAUUCUUUUCGUUUCUCCGUGAAAGGUUUAAAAAAGAUUUUUUUGGAAGAUUCAGAACAAGACACACUUAAGCGUACUCGUAAUUAUUCGAAGAAAAAAUUAGCGAAAGAUGGAAGGGUUUGCGAUAUUAUGGAACAUCAAUUCGCAGCGCAUGGAAUGCAUGUUCCUUUAGAUAUAUAUUACUGUGAUAUAGAUAUCAACAGCAUCGUAGCUUAGAAUUAUACCAGAGAUACACUUUAUUAUCACGUCUGUCAAUUCGUGGCCGACACGUAAUUUGUAACUUUACUGUAACCGGCGAAUGGAAAUACGCUUAUUUUGUAUUACUAUCUUUCGUUAAUGUAUCAUUAAUAUAAUGUCGAUCAGGAGAAAACUGCGAACUGCGUCAUUUUUAUGUACAUUUGUAAAGUACUUUUCCGUUUUUGCGUUUAGCAUGAAUUGUAGUGUAUUCCCAUUUUUCUUUUUAAAAUUUGUAAUAAUGGAGAAUUGUUUUGCAACAAAUUGUCGAUAGGGUUAAUAGAAUUUAAAAUAGCGCUGUUUUGCACGCUACAAUUUGUUUUUUUAGAAAUUGCGAUGAAGUAAGCUUGUGAAAGCUGUAAGAUCAUGUAAGAGAGGUCAAAUAGUGUUAAAAGAUUUUUUUGUAGAGAGUAAGUCCUAAUUUUCAUAUUUGACAUUAUAUCUGGUCUAACAAAGCUUAAUUUUCUUAGGAAUUAUAGCAGAUAGAAUAAGUUUUUAUUCCAUUGAAACUCUCGAUAUCUUAUAUGCUUUUUUUUUAAGUAAUUUGUCGCUUAUUUAAACAGUAAAUUUUCUUUUUGAGAAGAAAAAGAAAAAAAAAUGUUUCUCUUUAUAUUAAAUUAUUUAAUUGCUUCUAUCACUUCGUAAAUUUUAUUAAGAAUUCAUGUAAUAUUGUUAAAUGUAUAAAUCCAUAUUUCAAACUGGAAAUAUACGUUUUAUUUGUA